AUGUCUGAUCCACAUAUGAGAUGUCCUCGUCUGGCAGCACAUUUACACCUGCAUGAUGAUCUUACAGUGUCGCUUUAUCAGAAAUCAGAGACGCUCUGGAAGCUCCCAAAAUCCGAACAGGCAUCUCCAGAUACCGAGAAUUGCCACGUCAUGCUUGCAUUCGAUCCUCGUCUUCCUUCGGCAGAUAUUGGUCGUGGCCCCUGUCGCUUCUCAUCGUCUAUUUAUCCCGUUCGGAUUCCAACUCCUUCGCGGAAUCGCUCAUCCUCUUGCUCUGCCGGGAUCGGGACAGUCGCUACGAGACAUUGGAUGGCAUUGCCGAUAUACAUGUUUGGAGCAAGUCGAGGGAAUGUCUGGCUUCAACCAUCUCAAUGA